AUGAGAGCAUCGACGACAUCAGUGGCGCUUGUGCUCACGACGCUCCUCACCACACUUUGCGCCCUCGCUAGCGCCGACUACGUCCCCUUCGGCCACCACGACCCGCACUGGCACGCUGCUCGCGACGCCUCCACCCUCACCGCCAAAGAAAAGGGCACUAACCUCGGUUAUGAAGAGCACACGACACCAAAAGUGCCCUCAGGCUCCCGACUCACCUCGAUCGACGUUGGCAGCGCUUCGCACAAACUUGCCGUGUACUGGACGCGCAAUCCGUCCAACCACCAUGCGAAACAGGCGUUCGUCAUGAUCCACGGUAGAAACCGAAAUGGCGGAGACUACUGGAAGACCAUGAACGACAUCCUCACCUCUGCCGUCAAGGCGUCCUACUCGUCUGCCGAUAAGAACGCCAUCGUCGUGGCUCCGCAAUUCUACUCGAAGAAGUUGAAUAAGGGGCAAUACAAGAAGCAUGAAUUGGCGUGGGAUGACAUCAAUGCGUGGCAGGCGGGAGAGGCAGCCAUCCACCCGAAAGGAUCGAAAGAAUCCAGUUUCGAUGCACUCGAUGCGUUCUUUGACGAGUUCUCCAACAGAACCAAGUACCCCGCGCUGCAGGAACUCGUGUUCGUAGGGCAUGGAGGUGGAGGACAGCUGAUCAACCGCUACGGUAUCGUUGCCAAGGACAUGUCUUCCGCUUCCCUCUCCGUUCGAUUCAUCGCGGGAGACCCAUCUUCCUCCGCCUACUUUACCGAAGAUCGACCCACCACAGACCCCUCCAUCGCAUCCAAGUCCACCUGCCCGCUCUACAACACCUGGAGGUACGGCUUCACCAACUUCACCGGCACGCUCGACGGCCUCAAAACCCCGCAGGAGUACUUUGCGCAGAACGUCAAACGCGACGUCCGCUACAUUGUCGGCAACGACGACACCGCCAAAAAUGGCGAUCAGUACUGUAUGGCUAUCCUGCAAGGUGGUGUGGCGAGGAGAGAUAGGAAUCUGGCGUGGUGGAAGUACAUUAACAUGCUGGCGAGGACGAACGAGGAUGUGAGUGGUUUGCCCGGGAAUCUGACGCUGGCGAAUCUGCCGGAUUGGAGCAAGCUGAGCGGCGGCAAGUUGAGUCAUACGUUGACGGUGAUCGAGGGAGCGACGCACAAUGCGGACGAGGUGUUCGGAAGUCAGCAGGGUAGGACGGUGCUGUUCGAGAAGAGCCAGAGUAAGGUGCAGAGGGGUUGGAGGCCGAAAGGGUACAACGCGGCGGGGGUGCCGACUACAAGUAGCAGCAGUAGCAGUCCGAGUGCGGCGGGUUCGACGGGAUCGACGGGUACGGCAAGCUCGUCGACGGGACAACAGCAGUCGGGUUCGUCGAUCUCGGGAGCUGCCAAGACUGGCACUUCUGCAAGCACGCUGGCGGUGAUCGGCGGGGUCGCUCUCGUCGCGCUGGGCCUUGCUUGA